CAAUCCUAAACCGAAAGUCCCUAGUAUUUUCCUCGUCCUAUUUCCCUUGACAGUAACAUUAUAUAUAAAUAUAAAUAUACUACACACCACUCCCAUCCUACACCGGCACCCACAAGAAAACACAACAACGAUUCCUCAGACAACUUUACCGUGUAGCCCAAAUACCCUUUUAUUUUUUCCUCUGUGCCUGUACUUACUACUUAGCGCAAGUCAAUGGAAGACGAGAAUUUCAGUUUUGGCCGCUCUACUGCCUCCAAAAGCUACCAAUCCAGGCUCAAGUCACACUUCGAGCUUUUCAUCGAUUUUGAUGAGGUCAAUGGGGAUGAGGAUUUUAGGACGGCUUAUCCAUGCCCUUUUUGCGCAGAUGAUUUUGAUCUUCUUGAGCUAUGUUGCCAUCUUGACUUGGACCAUCCGGCAGAAGCCAAGUCUGCGAUUUGUCCUGUGUGUACCGUGUGGAUUGGGUCAAAUGUCGUUGAUCAUAUAGCAGCACAACAUGGAAACUUGUUUAAGAGUCAGCUGAAAUCAAAAUGGUACAAAGAUGAAUCCUACCCAGAUCUUUCCUUUUCAAGAAAGGGUAAACCAGAUUUUUCUUCUGGGUUAUCUCCCGGGAUGUCUACCUCCAACACAUCAAGUGAUCCAUGGCUGUCAUUUUUGUAUGGUGCAUCUGCUGUUGAUGAAUGUGAAAAUGUGCUGCCAGAUUCUUCAAGUGAAAUAAGCGUUGAAGAAGUGCACUCAAAUGAUAAAGUGUUAGAAAGGGAUGUUCAGCCAUAUUUAUCUGACAAAGACCAAAUAGAGAAAGCACAGCGCAGUAAAUUUGUACAGGGACUUUUGGUGUCUACUAUCCUUGAUUCUGACUUCUGAUUGAGACAGUUAAGGACAUCAGUUGCUAGUUUCAAUUCAAUGGGUAAAAAAAGGAAAUAUAUAGUAUUUUCAAUCUUGGAAAUUAUUCUUAGUCAUAGGACCAAUGUUUUUUUCUGCUGUAUGGCACUGAGAUAGACCUAGUAUAGAGAAGUAAGCUAUAUGUAGGAAUUAAAUGUCAUGUAUAUUCAAGACAAUGCCAUUAUUGGUUUAUAACAAUUGCGUACGAACUCGUAGUUUCUCAGAAUUUU